UUGAUUCAAACACUCGGGGAAAGUGGUCGCAAUGAUUUAAUAACAAUAAUAAGCUUUUAAUCAACAAUAGCGAUAGUAAUAAUCCUGUAAAAUUCCGUUAAUGAUGUGAUAUUCUAUUACUGAACAUAGAAACUAACUCAUUCGCAAAUUAAAAUGGCUAAAGACGCUGGACUCCCCCCGGAAAUAACAGAAAAACCGAUUGUGAAGGACUUGAGUCCCGUGACUGGAACUAGCCAAGGGGAUGAGGUCGAGCUUGGGGUUGUGGAGGUCAAAUCAGAAGAAACUGCUCUCGAAAUUGACACGACGGAUCAGGCGCGUCGGGCCGCCCGACAGGAGUCCACAUACUCGGCGAAGAAGACUGUGGCCCAGGGGAUGAUGGACGUCGCCCUGAUCACAGCUAACGCAAAUCAGUUGCGGUACCUCGUGGAGUUCCAGAGGGAGAGCCCGACCUUCUGGUUUAUUGUUUGCCUCAUCGCCAUCAGUCUCUCCCUCCAGGUGGCAGUGGGUGUCAGUCUCAUCUUCAAGGGGCGCUUCGAUAUCAAGGGAAAAUCGAGGUCACCUCAAGCAUUGAGAAUUAAUAACUACGUUGUUGUUGGGGUCUUCCUUAUAACAAUAAUAAAUGUCUUCGUCGCGGCGUUUAGCAUCACGAGUCCACCUGUUGUUCCGGGCGCCGCUCCGAAUAACGUAAAUCCUCCCACAUAGCGUUUAUGAUCAUUAUUUUAUUAGUUGAAUUAUAAAUUAAACGACCAAAAAAUAAAACAUCCACCGUUGAUAUCAGACAUGGAAUCGUGGAAUAUAUAUUUUUAGAUUCAUUUUUUACGACUUUUCCAAUCAAAAAAUAUAUGAGUAAUAAACUUGUUUAUAUUUUGUAAAUAAAAUUAUGAAAAAUCAUCGAAAGUCGUUGAACAAAUAUUUUUUUUUAGUUCUAUCUCUCCUCUUGACUUUUGCGAAUAAAAUUACUUGCCCCAACGCUAUUUACUAAUUAAUUUAUUGGUAUCAGGAGGUCUUGGGAAAUAUUUAUGGGCAGUUCCCUUCGGGGAGUAAAAGCUCUUGGUAAAAGCAAUUAUUUUCUUCUCAGCGUAUGUGGAGGGGAUUCAGUGCAAAUGGAGAUCAUUGAAUAUGCAUCUCAGCACCCCGACCGACCCACUUGGCAAGUAUCGCUCGUAAUCAGGCGCUCUAAAUAGUGACAAGAUUCAAGGGCACCAACCGCUCUCAUUUGAUAUUAAAAAGCUCCGCGAUUCAGUUUGCAAACGUGGGUCAUAUGCAACGCGAUUUCCCCCGAGCUUCGGUGCACCGUCACUGGGAUGUCUCUCUUCCCCACCCCCGUCGGGUUUCGCGGGGGGUGGUAAAACGACUGGCAAAACAUCACCGUGAAGGCUGCGCGGUGUGCAUGAAACAAAGGUAAGUGCAGCCGCCAUUGCCGGAGCUUACGUCCUAGUGCAAUUUUUGUUUUGAGAGGUGUUACGUCAAAUUUAACGUUCAUCCCGAGUCCAGAAAAUCUACUGCGGAAAAAUGGGAAAGGGAAAAGGAGGCGGCGGGGGCGGGGGUGGCGGUGCAAAGGGCGGAGAUAAUAAGAAGGGCGGUGCUGCUGCGCCUGCGUCGGGCAAGUCGGAGGCCAAGGCCGACGCGAAAGGCGGGAAUAAAGGUGGCAAAAAAGGUGGGAAAAAAUGACCUCAGCUGUGUCCACUAUCAAUUCAUCCCCUAAUUAUCACUUGUUAAUUUAUUAAAAAUAUUGAGAAAGAAAUUUUAUUAAUUUAUAUUUAAAAACAAAUAAAAAAAUCUUCAUUUUA